AUCUCUGCGUUCGCGGAAUCUCCACCACAAUCCAUCCAAAUUUCAUCCAGACCGUCUGCUUUGCUCACACGAAGCGGCAGUUACGGCGAUUAUCGCGGGCUGCACCCAUGCAUGUGCUCGGGCAUGCCUGCGCAUGCAUCACCCCGCCGCUGCUGCAGCUGAACCCCUCCGCGCUCUUGCCGCUCCGCAGCUCCGCGCGGCUGCUUCCGCGGGGAACCAGUGCGCGCGAGCUCUCCCUGUUGCGCAAGUCUUCCGCAUGUGUUGCGCUAAGGAAGCGUGCGUCUAACGAGCUUCGGGUUUUAGUCAUGGCCACCAGCAGCAACAACGGUGGUAUUGCCGAGCCGACGCUUUCAUCAAAUACCACCUCCACCUCCACUUCCACCUCCCCCAGUGGCGUUCCGCCCUCCCCCGCAACUCCCGCCAUCCUCAUUUUCACCGUCCCCGCGUGCCGCUACUGCCGGCAAGCCAAGGCGCUGCUGGCCUCUAACGGCCUCCCCUACACUGAAUGCUCCGUUGCCCUCGAUAACCCCGCUCCUCCCCCUGCUGCUGCUGCUGCUGCUGCUGCUGCUGCUGCUGGUGAUGAUGCUGCUCCUCUUGCCUCCUCCUCCUCCCCUGCUUCGCCGUCGGCUGUGAUAUCAGCAGCAGCGGCGCGAGCAGCGCUGGCGGAAGCCUCGGGCAUGCGCACCGUGCCGGUGAUCUACGUUGGGGGACGGCUGGUGGGGGGCUUCGAUGACCUGGAGCAGCUUGUGACCAGCAAGAAGCUACAGGAAUUGCUCGCCUCUCCCGCUGACCCUCUCCCCCCAGCCCUCAUUCCACUGCUCAGCCUUAAACCCGCAGCAGACAGCAGCGCAGACAGCCCAGGAGAUGCUGCAACAGCAAGAGGGGCAGGGGGAAGAGAAGGUGGUCUGGCUGUGUGGCCUGGGUUGAGCCGAGAGUUGGUGGAGCUUUUCGAGAGGAUGGCAGCAGGGGAGGGGGAGGGAGGAGUGAGGCGAGAGGAAGUGAAGGAUGGUCUGCUGACAACGCACAGGAAUGUGGUGUCUGGUGCUGCCAUUGUCGCAUGGCUCAAAGCGAACAUGCCUACAGGAGAAGAGGAGGGAGAAGGUACAGUCCCUGCAGCAGCAGCUGCACCAGCAGCAGCAUCAUCGUUGGAAGCAGCAGCAGUGCGGGUAGCAGAGAGGCUGGCAGAGGCAGAUCUCGUCCACCACAUCACCUACUCUCAGCCCUUCACCAACAAACCCGAUGUUUUCUUCCGCCUCCUGCCCGACGAGCUGCCGGAAAGUACUGCGCUCAACGCACGCCCGAUCUUCCUCCGGCCUGCUCGGCCGGCAUCGGUUGUUGCUAGUGGGCUGCGGGCGGCGACUGUGGGGAUUUAUGACGAGGCGCUUUCGCUGGAUGGGGGCGGUGUGAGCUACAAGCGGCUGGCGUCGUCAGCAGCAUUCAAGGAAUACGUGCGGGCUGCUGCAGAACUGCAGAAGGUGGACGUUCUCGCGCUGCCCCUCCCCCACCGCAAGGCCUUCUGGAUCAACAUCUACAACUCCCUCGUGCUGCACGCCACACUCGCUCUCGGCCCGCCCUCCUCCCCCUUGGACCGCAAGCGCUUCUUCUCCCACUCCUCCUACCUUAUAGCCGGCCAUUCCUUCUCCCUUGAUGACAUAGAGCACGGGAUUUUGCGUGGCAACCGUGCCACCAUUGGGCUGCCAUUUUUCCCCGGGAAGCGUCCGUUCGGGGGGUCGGAUCUGCGCAGGUUUUAUUCUCUCCCUCCGGCUGACCCGAGGAUUCACUUUGCUCUGAAUUGCGGCGCGCGGUCGUGCCCUCCGAUUCGCCUGUUUUCCGGGGAUGCGAUUGAGAGCGAAUUGGACACGGCUGCUGGGGCGUUUCUGGAGGGGGAUGUACGGGUGGUGGAGGACGGGGGAAAGAGUGGAGGUAAGGAGAAAGUUGGGGGAGGAGGAGGGGGAGGGGAGGUGGUGCUACAGGUGACGAAGUUAUUGGACUGGUAUGGGGUGGAUUUUGGAGCAAAGGAAGAGGAGCAGGUGCGAUGGAUACUGCCGUAUCUCAAGGCGCAGGUGAGGGCACAGGUGGAGGGUGCGUUGGCUGCUGGGAAGGCUGUUCGUUUGCAGUUUCGGCCCUAUGACUGGACUAGCAAUAGCUUAUGAAGGCAAGGGGGUUUUGCUGGAUAUGUGCUUGAGCUUGUGUGUGGAGCUAAUGCAUGUGGCACGAGCUUGGGUACGCAAAAUUUGUGGAUUGCCUGUUGGCUUUACUUAUUCUCUUAUCAGGUGCUCAUGAUGUAAUUGUGUCUUACAUGAUAUG